GCCAAGCGGGAACCUUUGGAAAGAAGAAAGGAAUUUAUUUUCGUAAUGUUUGCAUGCAUCUCACAUCUAUUCCCAUAGUUGUUGAUACAUAAGGGAAGCUUACGGGAAAUGCUACAUUAAAAAUUUGCUUUGUAGACCCUAACUGAUGGACGGUGGUUACUUGGUGGAAAAGAACCUACCGCCAGAACUCGUCAGCAGGAUGGACUCUAUAGACGGCAGUCAAAACAGGAAAAAUUUCAGCGUGACCCAUCUUCUGGACCUGGAGGAGGUGUCGGUGAUGAGCUGCAUGAAGGAUCCAGCUGGAGGGAUGAAGAGGGUAGGGAAGGGGAUUCAGGAACAGUCCGGCGCGAGCAGCGGAAGCGAAGCAGCUCCUCAAGACACUGAUGGUCACAGGUCUGGACCAAACCAAGCAAAGAGGAAGAGAAAGCAGAGGCGCAGUCGGACCACCUUCAACAGCGGCCAGCUGCAGGCGCUGGAGCGAGUCUUCGAGCGCACGCACUACCCCGACGCCUUCGUGCGGGAAGAUCUUGCCCGGCGGGUCAACCUGAGCGAAGCACGAGUCCAGGUGUGGUUCCAAAACAGACGUGCGAAAUUCCGACGGAACGAGAGGGCUGUGCUGGCCAGCCGCUCCAGCAGCCUGCUGAAGUCCUACAACCAGGACAUGGUCAUUGAGCAGCCAGUAGCUCCACGGCCUGCCCCCCUUGGGUCAGACUACAUGUCCUGGCCAUCCGCCACACCCCACAGCUCGGCCCCCACAUGUAGCUCCUCAAACUCGCCCACGGUCAGACAAGGAGUCGACAUGGCGAGCAGCAUCGCCAGCCUACGGCUGAAGGCUAAGGAGUACAGCCUGCAUCAGAGCCAGGUUCCCACCGCGAACUGAUUACGACAUCCAUAGCCUGUCCUUGUGCACCCAAUCCAGGGGCAGGCUAAUCAAGAAAAGCAGGAGAUUAGCACAUAUGCUACAUAUCGAAGAGAUUCUGAACAACGCCUCUAGCUUGUUUGGCUCCAUCUGUAGCUAAAACAAGCCUCUCUGUAGCAUACAGGCGGCUUCCAGGGUGCUCACACCUUGGAAGGACGAGAAGAGCGAAGUUCAACAUGUGACUGAAAUCUUUAACUCCUUUCUCAUUUUAUAUGGAAACUACUGUCUAUUAGAUACGCUGUCAAAGGUUUGUUUAUUUUAGCACUCUUUAAAGAUGUCUCGCAUUCUUCUUAAAUGUAUAAAGUACACAGCUGGAAUUGCCGUCGAGUGAAGUCCUCUUGAAAAGACACACCAAUCAAAUCAUAGGAACCCAAUGGUGACAAGUGUCGAAACGCUCUUGGACCCAGUGCAUGUCUCUACAAUUGGAAGCAGGUUGGUCCAGACAGAAACAAAGGAAACAUUGUGUAUGGUGCAGCUCCAUGGGGGAGUGAUUGAUUUCAUACUUCAGGAACAAUUUCCAAAAUACUCCUGAAGCAACAAGCUUUUUUUUCUUCCUAGGGCAAGAGAUGUGGGGCUGGUUUACAGACUGGGUCAGUCUGCUUAAAAAUUCAGUUCAUGGUUUAUAUGACUUGUGAUCUGGUCAUCACUUUGUUCUACAUCAGAAUUUCUAUGUGCCAGAUUGAAUCUGCUUUUUGAGUUGCACCUCCACAUACUGUAAGGGUCACAGGACUAAUAUUCAAUUCAUACAUUGUGUGGAUUUACUGAUGCCAAAGUGUGUCAGUCAUUUCCAGAGUUGGGUAAUUCAGGUCCAGAGAGUAAAAGUCCAGAGCAAGAUUUUGUUUCAACCAACCAGUUGAGCAUAUAGAGUCACAGUCACAGGGUAGGUUGAAACAAAAUCGCAGUCUAGACUUUUACUCUCUGGACCUGAAUUACCCAACUCUGGUCAUUUCAAUUAGGAAACUGGGGUGACUUUGUGAGUGUGAUGUGGUUCUGGAGGGUUACUUAGCUAAGGAAAGGGGGCAUACGGAAACAUCUGAAGGGGCAUGUGAUGCCUCUGAAGAAGGGACUUUGAAGGGAGCCGGGAAGUUACCCAGACGACAGCUGCCUCCCCUCCCAGCCACUUCUGGGAAAUUCAUCUUUUCCAGGUCAAGCUUGCCAGCAUGGAGUCUCUGAUUUCUAUAAAUGUAAAUGAAGCGAGGCAGCCGGGGGUGUUGGGAAGGGGCAGCGUGAAGGUCACUUUCCCUUCUCUACAAGUAUUGGGGCAGACAUCUGACACAUAUUACCCCUGCCCCUGGUCUCUUUGCCACCAACUGAAGGACUGAUUAGCAAAUCCCCAAAGAUUCCAGGACACUGUGAGAGGUUUCCCAGCACCAUCAAAGGCCAAGGUCAUAGAGCUCCAUGUCAUUUUACUGUAGAUUAUGGGGCUGAUAUGCAUACACAACUUAGUUUGCCUUCGCCACUGAAAACAGGUCUCCGGCUGGUGGAAAUGAAGUCCAGCGCGUACUCUAAUGCGAAAAUAAAAUAUUAAGCAUGGAAUGGGAUCUUGAGAAA